UGUUGAUUCGGUGGCAAGCUAGAAAUGGAGAAGUACGAGCUGGUGAAGGAUAUAGGAUCUGGGAAUUUCGGUGUGGCUAGGCUCAUGCGCCACAAAGAGACCAAGGAACUCGUUGCCAUGAAAUACAUUGAAAGGGGUCACAAGAUUGAUGAGAAUGUUGCAAGGGAAAUCAUAAACCAUAGAAGUCUUCGCCAUCCGAAUAUUAUUCGGUUCAAGGAGUUGGUUUUGACUCCUACUCAUCUUGGAAUAGUUAUGGAGUAUGCAGCAGGUGGAGAGCUCUUUGAGCGAAUUUGCAAUGCUGGAAGAUUCAGCGAAGAUGAGGCUCGAUAUUUCUUCCAGCAGCUCAUCUCAGGAGUUAGCUACUGUCAUUCCAUGCAAAUCUGCCAUCGAGACCUGAAGCUAGAGAACACCUUAUUGGAUGGCAGCCCUGCCCCUCGUCUCAAAAUUUGUGAUUUUGGUUAUUCUAAGUCAUCUCUGCUUCAUUCUAGGCCCAAGUCAACAGUGGGAACUCCAGCCUAUAUUGCACCAGAAGUUCUUUCCCGCAGGGAAUAUGAUGGAAAGUUGGCAGAUGUAUGGUCAUGUGGAGUGACUCUUUAUGUAAUGCUGGUGGGAGCAUACCCAUUUGAGGACCAAGAGGAUCCCAAAAAUUUCAGGAAAACCAUCAAUCGAAUUAUGGCUGUUCAAUACAAGAUCCCAGACUAUGUUCACAUAUCUCAAGACUGUAGAAAUCUGCUAUCUCGCAUUUUUGUGGCAAAUCCAGCUAGGAGAAUCACCAUUAAGGAAAUCAAGUCCCACCCAUGGUUUUUAAAGAACUUGCCUAGAGAAUUGACAGAAGUGGCUCAAGCUGUCUACUACAGAAAAGAAAACCCUACCUUUUCUCUUCAGAGUAUAGAAGACAUCAUGAAUAUUGUCGAGGAGGCCAAAGCUCAACCUCAAGCAUCUAGGUCAAUUGGAGGGUUUGGCUGGGGAGGGGUGGAAGAAGAAGAUGAAACAAAAGAAGAAGCAGAGGCUGAGGGGGAAGAAGAUGAGUAUGAAAAGAGAGUCAAGGAGGCACAGGCUAGCGGAGAAUUUCAUGUCAGUUAAAAACUGCUGUAGAUAGAGCAAUAGAUUCUUGGUUGUUAAGUUCAACUAAGGUGGGAGGGUUUUGCUCGUAUGUAUAAAAUUCAGUUAUCUGCAUAGGACAUAUAGUUGAAUUAUUGGCUGUACAUUUUUUUAAUAUUGUCCAUGGUUGUUAUCUGUGACCAUUUUAUAAGUAUCAAGUUGCCUUUUUGCUCUCUACCCCCCUUGUGUCCAUCUCUCUCCCAGGCAGGGAUUUAGGGACAUAGUCUUUCCAUAUA